GAACGGACACGAGGGCUAACAAACGGCAAUCGCAACGGGAAAUUCGCUGAGACAGGACCUCUCACACACGCGCACUCACACACACACACACACGAGUACACUCUGCUGUAUACAUAUACAAGUGAAGCGCCAAGUGCCAGUGUCCUAGAAAUUAAACACAAUCCGAGAAUCAAGCAAAAUCGAAGGCGAUAAUGGAAAAUUAAUUGGUAAGGCUCGUGGUUGAAGCAGUGCGAAUGGAGUGAAAGGAAAAGUGCAAGUGAAAAGUGCCUGUAAGAAGCAGAAAAUCAUACACUCACACACCAGCUCACACACACGCACACACGGACAGACACACACAAAGGAAACGUCAUAUGCCAGAGGCAUUGACAGGAGCCCGUGGAAAAGCAUUUUGUGUAUCCUAUUUUGUGUGGCAGCGCCAGGAGAGCGUGUCCUCAGCCUUAGUGGCCAGCAGAAACAAAAACAAGCACAGCAAUUACAUCGUGUAGUUGCCAUAAUGAUAGAUUUCAAAAAUAAAUUGAGCAAAUUAUCGUAUAGAACGUGCCCCGCUUCGAAAGUCUAAAAAUACUCGAGCCCACGCCGCGCGUCGCCAACUUGUCGAGAGCCCCAAGUUCCCCAUCAUCGGGCAAAAAAGGAAGGAAUAGCCAGCCAACCAACUAACCAACCAACAAACCAACCAGCCAACUGGAUGUCGAAGGGUCCAAAGUGCCGCAACUGACUUUAAAUUAUGCAUGCACAUUGAUUUUCCGACCACGGCCCCCUUGUUGUUGUUGUUGUUGUUGGCAUCGUUAUAUCCCCAUCAUCUAUAUCACCAGCCCAUCGGCUUUGUUGUCGCAUGUUAUCAGCGGAACUGGCGUCGUCGACGGCUUUGUUGAAUGCGAGUUAUCAGCGCAGCAACGGCCCCACAAAAGAUGAAGUGUGCCCCUCGACAACAUACGACAAGUGCUACAGAACGACAGGAGCGACAUCAGGAGCAGCAGCAACAAUUGCAGUAGCGGCAGCCACAAUGACCAAGCAAUUGACAACGGCAACGGCGACGAAUGCGGCAUCCAGCAUUGGACAAGCGGGGGAUUUGGCGCCCACAGUUAUAUCCCCAACGGCAGUCACCACACUCGAGACAGCAGGAGCUCCGGGAGCAGGAGCAGGGGCAGGAGCGGCAGGACCAGGUGGCACCACUUCACCUGUCGGCGAGACAACAACAAAGGUUUUGCCGCAGUCCGCGAAACCGGUGGCCGAGGAGAAGCCAUCGAGCAGCGAUGCCAGCGGCAGGUCGGCGGCUCUGGAGCGGGCCUACGUGCACGAUGUCUACGAGCACUGCGAGGAGCCAACGGGUCCGGUGCGACCCCGGAUGGCCCACUUCCUCAGCGGACUCGAUCCGGGCUCCGUAGUCUGCGACGUGGGCUGCGGCAGCGGGCGGUACCUCACCCAGUGCAACCCGGCCAUCUGCACCAUCGGCGUGGAGCGGUGCUACCGCCUGAGCAAGGUGGCCCACGCGAAGGGUGGCGAGGUGGCUUUAUGUGACAAUCUGGAGCUGCCUUUUCGAAACGACAGCUUCGAUGCGGUUUUAUCGCUGGCGGUGGUGCACCACUUUGCCACCACGGAGCGACGGGUUCAGGCGCUAAGGGAGCUGGCCAGGAUCCUGAGGAUCGGCGGAAGGGUUGUGAUCACAGUGUGGGCACUGGAGCAGCGCCAUCGUCGCUUUGAGUCGCAGGACGUACUGAUACCCUGGCAGCCGCCCAAGAAUAGGAACUAUUCGUACUCUGACGAGGAGGACGACGACAACUUCCAGCCGCCCUACCACGCCUACACUGAGGACUCCACGAACUCCAGUCGAUCGGCCGGAGAUGGAGACAGUUCCAGCCUGAGUUCGUCCUCGCCGGGGGAGUCCUGCUACAGCUUCGUUCGCCGAGCCAUUCAGAAACUGGCUCGCGGAAGGCGACAUGCGUGGUUUAUGGACUCGUGGUCCUCGAAGGACACCAAAAACGAUAGCAGCCUGGACUACGAGGACGCCAAGGACCUGCCCAUCGAGCUGCGUCGCCUUGAAGACUUUGAGGACUUUCCCGAUCCACCUUUAUCGGCUGGACUCAAAUCCCGCAGCUUGGGAAGUAUCCUGCAGCCGCCUCCUCGCCAGAUUGUCCGCUCGCGUUCCAGUGUUCCCAGCCUGGGAGGUCCUUUGAUUCCUGGCGAGACGAAGGCCACGGCGGCGGCUCUUUUACUGAAUGCCCCGGAAAGUCAGCAACUGCAGCUGCAACUCCAACUGAAUGGCAGGCAUUCGCCCACCACAACUGCCAGUGCAGGGAACACUUUGAGUCGCAGGCCCAAGCUCAUCAAGCAGAAGCAGUCCCUGUGCGAGGACGACGCUGCCACGCCCCCCGCCCCCGAGUCCUUCCAAAUGGUGAGCACCCUGAACGGCGGAGUGAACGGAGGAGUGAGCAGUAGCUUGUACACGAGGAGUGGCUGCUACGCCGGGAACUUCCACCAGCACGUCUCCUCGUCGAUGGCCACGCCUCCUUCGGGAGGAACUGGCGAGGGCGGAGCAGCGGGUGGAUCGGGAGCACCCACGUUCCUGAGGAAGCAGAGCUCCCUGAACGAGGACCUGAUGGCCUGCAAUCGGCUGAGGGAGAAGGAGCGGGUGCGCAAGCGCAUCCAGAAGCAGACCUCGCUGAACGAAGCCUUCCUCUGCAGAUCGGCGUUGUUCUCCAAAAGGCUGCAGGUGAUCCGCGAGGGCUUCACCACCAAGAUCAAGAGCUCGACGGGUAGCCUGGAGCGGGUGACCAAGACGGGCAUCAGCAAGCUGAUCCAGAACAUCAAGAGCGGCCCCCAGGCGCAGCCGAAUCCUGCCCAGAAUCCCCAGACUCAAGUGGACAAGAACGCCACGCUGAACAACAACAACAAGCAGUCAGCAACGGCGGGGGCACACCAGCACCACCAUCACCACCACCACCACCCCGUGCACCACCUGUCCCACCUGAUCCUGCCGGCAUCCUCGACGAGUGGACCCGUGACGUACUGCAGCAGCGUGGAGUGCACGAUGGGCAACCUGUGCCACUGCAGCCAGUACCAGCAGGAGUGUCCCGCCUGUGCGGACGGCGGUCAGGGCGACAAGGCGCGGCGGCACUCGCGGGAGUCCGGAUCGGACUCCUCCAAGGACAGCAGCCUGCAGUCGGACACGAGCAUCGAGUCGGAGGACAGCUUCGCCUCGGUGAUCUUCAUUCCGAAGCCGGAGCAGCACCAGCAGCAGCUGAACUACCAGCAGCAGCACCAGAACUCCAACUCCAGCUCGAGCAACUCCUCCUCGAGCAACGGGCAGCGGGCCCAGGGCUCGGCCGCUGGCCGGGAUCAGGGCGUGACUCCCGGCUCCCGACUGCCGCCCACUCACUCAGUGCCAACGUCGCCGCUCAUCAUGCCCUGCCCGCCCACUCCGGCCCACUCGCCGGCCGCCAUCCAGGGCACGGUCACCUCGCCGCCGCAAUCCACGUCGGCCGUUUCCGCGGCGAUGGCCAUCCUGACUCCUCCCUCGAAGCCGGCUCGUUUCAGCUUCGACGAGGCGCACAUCAAGCAGCAGAAGGAGCAGCAGAAGGAGCAGCUGAAGGUGCAGCAGAAAGUGCAGCAGAAGGAGCAGCAGAAGGAGCAGCAGAAUGAGCAGCAGAAGGAGCAGCAGAAAGAGCAGCAGAAGGAGCAGCAGUUGAACCUGCAGGAGAAGAAGGAGGCCCCAAGGGAACCGCUCAAGGAGUCGCCACCCGUGCGCAGGAUCACCCGCCAGGCCAUCAGGGAUCUUCCGCCCAUCCCCAAGUUCCGGAAGCAGCAAUCCCUGCAGCUGCAGCGCCAGAGUUUUCCGAUCGUGCGGAGAGCCUCCGGUUCGGGCGUGUCCACCUCGGCAUCGACCACCUCGCUGGCCAGCAAGCUACUCUCUCUGGAGCUCUUCAAUCCGGCCACCGACGACCUGGACAGCGACUCCAGUGAACCCUCUUCGCCCGACUCCAUCGACAGUGUGAUCAGUGCUCCGAGAUCGGCGAAGGUGCCCUCGGGCAGCGACGAAGGAGGAGCUGCCUCCGCCAACUCCAACUCCGCCUCGCAGGACGAAGGCGAAGCCAGUUUGGCCCAGAUGAUCAGCCUGCAGCAGGAGCAGUACCACAAGGGCGAGCUGCAGAUCAAUAGCUCCCGAUCGCAGGCCGAGGACGACAUCAUCCUGAACGCGGACAGUGCUCCUCUGCUGCCCGAGAAGAGGGAGGCCACCCAGAAGCAGGACUGUGCGGAGUUCGCGGAACAACUGACUGCGCAACUGCAGCGGGAACUGGAGGACAAGAGCAAUCGCACCGAGUGCCGCUACCUGGACGGGAUCGGAAUGGGCGAUCUCUCCGAGAUCCUGGGCGGCGGCAAGAAGCGAUCCAAUGGUGACCUGAGUGCAUUCCGGGACGAGCUAAGGGAACGGCGCCUGAUGCUCGCGAAUCUCUCAACGCAGCCAAGUCUCCAGCAAUCGCCCGUGAGCUCCUCCACCUCGUCGCUGUCCUCGCAGACGCGCAGCUUCACCAUCCAGGAGGAGGAUGGCGAGGAGGAGGAGGAAGAGGAGAACGAGUCCAGCUACUCGCUGGGCGUCUACGAGCACUGUAAGAUCUCGAAGUUCAGCUACAAGCGGAACCGGCACUACCAGCUCAACCCGGAGACAGCCUAUCUGCUGCAGGACGACGGGGACAGCGAUGUGCGGGAGGACGAGGACGAUGUGAUACCCGAGGAGGAGGAGCAGGACGAGCAAGAGGAGCAGGACGCGGACGCCGAGGCGGAGGCUCUGGAGGCCCGUGGCGGCGACCAGUUGGGCGAGGGAAUGUCGGACUACGGUCAACGUAGGCGCAACAUGGCCGCCCUGAAGGUGCAACCACCUGCGACGCAGCAGAAACCGCCGCAGGAGCCGAGCCAGGCGGCUGCGAACCUGCAGCAGCGACCCUCCAACGAAUCCCUGGAGCACUCGAACAGCUCCACCAACUCCCUGGACAGCCCCUCAGGGGGAGCCAGCACCCACCACCGCUACUACCACGUGUUCCGCGAGGGCGAGCUGGACGCACUGAUCAACCACCACGUGGCCAGCCUGCACAUCGUCAGCUCCUACUACGAGCGGGCCAGCUGGUGUGUGGUGGCCGAAAAGGUCCAGGUGUGGACCAUCUAAGCACCCCGCUCCCGAUAAAGGGGAUUCAAAUCGAGUGCUGAUGUUGAUGGGGUAAAACUAUGUAUACCAAAGCCAGAAGGUCUUUUUUUCUACUUGUUUUGAGAAAGGCAAACAAUUUGUAUUUAAUUUGUAAAAAUGCUUAGUAAAAAGCUUUGUAGCCUAUUUAGGAAAAGUUGAUCUCAAUUGCAAGGCUAAACUGCAACAUUUAUUUUACACUAAUGUGAUCUUUUAAAAUAACCAAACCCUAGAUGAUUUCCGGAAUACCUCAAACAAUUGUACGUAAUUUUCAUAACCAUUAAGAAGUUUAUAAAAGAUUAUUCAAUUCCUAUGUUAAUUAUGUUUUCUUGAUACCUAAGAAUUUAGUGUUUUUUAUGCUACACCGUCUCGAUUUUGAAUCCCUGCUUAUUAAAUCCCAUUUGUAGUCGUAGUCUCUAUCUGAUGCCCCCAAAGGAAUUGUUAAAUUAAGUCUAUUACUCUAGUCGGCUGACGUUUAAGGGGCGGGGAAGGCCCGUCCCUAAGUCCAGCACUAAUUUAUUGUUAGCAGGCCUGCUCAAGGACGCAACCGCAGGAUUGCACAACAUUGAAAUCCAAUUUCAAAUGAUAAACCUAGUUCUAAGAUCGAAAGAAAUGGAAUCGAAUACGAUAACGAAACAACGCUAGCUAAAUACAAAUUUUACUAAUUAUACGAGUAUAUUCUAUUUACAACGAGCAUCAGUUUGUAUCCUGUGCUAUCUUCAGACUAAGUUCCAUGCACCUCAAACUAUCAUUUGAAGCGAAUAAUCAUCAAACGUCCAUUUAAACAUACGAAGAUAUACCAAUUAACCAUAGGUAAAUACCAAAUAUGAGAUAUAUCGCUGGAAAAUUAAUAUAGCCAAUUCAUAUAUGCACUUCUUAACGCUGCAAAAGUUAAUAGAACCCUCUAACUAAUAAAUAUCAAUAACUGCAUUUAAAACUAUGAGAGAAUCGUACAUAUAUCAGUGGCAAGAUAAAUCAAAAGAAUAUUCGCAACAGUUUAAAAAGCUCCUUUCUAACUAUUUUCAAUAUUUACUUUCACCUUUUUGCGUGCACGAUUUGUUUUCCUUAAAUAAAUAAAGUUAAUAACUGAGAAAAACGGCCAAUAAAGACGACUGUAACAUAAGCCUUUGUUUAAUUGUGUUUUUUUUUUUGUCAACUUAAGGACAGUUAUUUAAAAAAUAACGCUAUAAUUUUUAAUACAAUAUAUACCCUAAUACGACUGUAAAUGUGUUUUUUAGCUAGCUAAACUAACUUUAUACCGUAAAAUAAUAGAAAAAUCGAAUAAACACUAUCUAAAGUUGGACGCAUCACUAAAUCGUUGCAGAUAGAAAUGCUGAAUCAUUAUAUAAACUAAGUAUUGCUGGAAAAAAUUUUACAUUUUCACUAAGUCCACCAAGCUUACAUCCCGAAACCCUGCACAUUCCAGAAUGACACAAGAACCCUAACUACGAGAAAGAAAAACCAUCUAAAUAUUCAAUAUCAAUAAAGUGUAAAUCAUAAACAACCACAUCAAAUAAAUUAAUAAUAGUUAAAAACA